GGAUUGGUCUCAAAGAGAUGAUUCGUUUCAUCAAAACCUUUUAUCCCGACGGAACCAAAGAGACCACAUUCUUCGAGUCUUGUGGUGUCGCAGAUCUCAUCACAACCUGUUAUGGCGGCAGAAAUCGAAAGGUUUCUGAAGCGUUCGUAAAGACAGGCAAAACAUUGGAUGAAUUGGAAAAGGAGUUAUUGAAUGGUCAGAAACUACAGGGAUUUCAGACGGCGUGCGAAGUGAUGACAAUGCUUAAGACCAAUGGACACGUCGACAGAUUUCCACUGAUUGAAGCGGUUUACCUAAUCGGUCGCAAAGACAUUCCUCCCCAACAAAUGAUGGAUUACCUGCGAAGAGAACCCGAAGACUUGUAAUCAAUACUUUAAAUCAAUAUUUUUGCCAUAAUUUGUUCCAUUAGUUGUUAGACGAGUGUUAGGUUUUAAAUGAAUUAAUAGAAAGCAAAGUGUAUAAUGAAUGCAAAUGAAUUUGUGCCUCAAAUUGGUUUGGUUUUUAUAGUUUAACAAUUAUUUUAGUAUCGGUUGUGAAACAAU